AUGGAACAGAAUAAUCAAAAGAAAAAAAUCCAAAAAAGUGGCUUUCUUAAACGAAAAGAGCAAAACAAAAAAUGUCUCGAUGAAAUUGCCUCUAAAUCUAAAAAAAUGACAAAUUUUUUCACACCCACUGUUUUAAAUCAGGAUUCCGCUAAACUGAAAAAAAAUCAAAAUCUAGAGUCAAAUCAGAUUGAAUUUAUUUCUGAAAAAGUUUUAUCAAAUUCACCGCUAAUAUCACAAGUCCACAUAACAUCUAAUAUUGAUUCAACUACUCGUUGGCGAUGUAAAAGUGAUUCAGUACAAAACAUAUUUGGUCGAGCUGAUAUGUGGAUAGUUGAAGCUCAACACGGAGAACGGAAAUCUUUUAUAUAUGUUAAAAUAGUUCUAUCCCUUUAUGAAAUUUCACAAUCCAAUGAUUUUAAUGUUAAUGUUAGAAGUAAUGCAAGAAGUUUGUUGGGUCACCUUACGAGCUAUGAGACCACAUUAACAGCAAUGACGUUUCUUCAUAUAUUUAAGUUGACAACUCCACUGUGUGAUUAUUUACAAUCAUCAAAUCUUGAUUAUAUCCAAGCUUAUAGAAAAAUUGUUGUUACAGAGAAAUUAUUAAAGCAAAAUCAACGAAAUUUUACUCCAAUAAGUACAGCAGCUAAGAUUUUUAUUAAUUUUGUCUCUGAAAAAAUUUGGGAACAAGAAAAUGAAAUAGAAAUAGAGUUUGAAAUUCCUCAAAAACGAAAGCGAAUGGUAUCACGAAGAUUGGAGGGUAACAUAGGUCAUGAAGAAACUAUUCACACACCUGAAGACAAUUUUAAAAUUAAUACAUUUUUUCCAACGAUGGACGUCGUAGUUACAA